UAUUCUGACACAGGACUCAAGAUGGCAUUGUUGCUCCUACUGGUGAUGCUGACAGCAUGUGCUGCUCUUCCUCAAGAUCUGUCAGGUAAAAUGUUCACCUUCCCACAACAGACCAUCUCAGCUCAGGUGAGGCUGACAACAUCAAGACAGUAUCUGAGGGAUGUGACCGUCUGUCUCAGGUAUUUUACAGACCUCCGGAGAGAUUACAGUCUUUUCUCUUUGGCCACACCCUCUGCUCCCAAUGAAGUUCUGAUUUUCAAGACGGGUGCAAGCGAUAGGAUUGAUCUCUGGUUCAGGAAUAGUGCUGCAGACUUCGUAGGGCAGGACAACAAUCUGAACACAUGGCACUCAGUUUGUGCCACAUGGGAUUCUGCAUCUGGACUAGGGCAGAUGUGGUUAGAUGGAAAGCCCUCAAGUAGGAAAUUCAUCAGCUCUGGAUCCGACAUCAGCGGGCCCUUCAUAAUUGUUUUGGGACAGGAGCAGGAUUCCCAUGGCGGAGGCUUUGACAUUAAUCAGUCAUUUGUUGGCAUGCUGUCUGACGUCCACAUGUGGGACUACACCCUUUCCCCAUGCAUGAUCAAGCGGUAUAUGGAUAAACUGAACUUCACCGCGGGAAAUUUGCUCAACUGGAGGAAACUGGAGUUCCAGACUGUAGGGAGGGUGCUGAUAGAAAAUAAGCAAGAGUCCAACUGUUAAACUUUUCAGGUUAAACAAAAGAGUGAAAUUCAAAAAAAAAAAAAAAAAAAAAAAAACUCCUAAAGAUUGUUUAUCUUUUUCUAAAAAUCUGUUGUUGAUAUUAUUAUCUUUUGCUGUAUUUGUUCAUCAUAUUAUUGCAAAAGAGUGACUUUUCUCUUUUUUUAUGUACUUAAUGUGCAAUCAUAAAUCCAUCCAUACUGUAGAGGAAAACAAAGUUCAAAUUGUAUUACAUCAGUUUAUGUUAUUUUUUCCAAAGAACAUUAUUUCUAUAGAUAUUGCACAUUGUGU